UGAUUUUUUCUUCAGAAAAUCAGACACAGAUCGGAAGAGAGGGAAAGGGGAGAGAGAAAGAGCUCGCCGGAGAAGGGAGGAGACGAAAUCACCUGUAGUUUCUCUUUAAGCUUCAUCGCUCCAAUCGUUCCCGGCUAUCAGAUCUCCCCGUAACCAUGACUACAUCAAGGCGCCUUGCAGAUAGGAAAGUUGAGAAGUUUGAGAAAAACAUUACCAAGAGAGGAGCUGUACCUGAAACCACUACUAAAAAGGCAAAGGACUAUCCUGUUGGCCCUGUUCUGCUUGGAUUUUUCAUAUUUGUGGUCAUUGGAUCAUCUCUAUUCCAGAUAAUCAGGACUGCUACAAGCGGAGGCAUGGCAUAAAUGUAGAACAAACAUAAUUGAAAGGUGGAAGAUGUUAGCCUGUAGUUGAGAUGGAAAUACUUGACUUUGUUAUUCUUGUUCUGAACUAAGCUAUUUUAAUAAAUUUGCCCAUUCCUAUAAUAUGUGUCUAGAAGAUGUCUUGACAGCUGCUAACGAUGAUGGUGUUAUUUUUACCUGAGUGUCGUGUCGACAGUUUAUCUAUUUUUUGAUCAUAUAUGAGUUUGGAACAAAGUGAUGCAUCUGAAUUUCAGGCUCUUGAAAUGAGAUUGCUUUUGUGGUUCUUAGGCUACAGCUA